UGUUGCCACUCGUCAGGGGUACGAGACCCGCGUGGGGGCGCGCGCGUCGCAGCUGUCGGGCGGGCAGAAGCAGCGCAUUGCCAUAGCGCGCGCGCUGGUGCGCAACCCGCGCGUGCUGCUGCUAGACGAGGCCACCUCCGCGCUAGACACGCACAGUGAGAAGGUAACACUCACUCCUAUUCCAGGACUAAACUAGAUAUUGCAUUUACACCCCCCUAAGACUAAGACUGCAACCUUAGACUACGAAACUGGACACAAGAAAGAUAAUACAGUACAACCUAUCUGGUGGCCACUGCUGCCGAUCCAUAAUCAUCAUUCUUUAUGUUUCGUUAGAUUGUUAUUAAAUUAGAUAUCAAAAUAGUUAAUUGAAACGAAAUAUCGAUUUAAAAUCGCGACAUUAUGUCGUAUCCUAUGGCUAGAACCAUGGCUACAGAGGCGGGCGGUCGCACCCAAAAUCCCCAAAUAAAACAAACAUUUUCUCGAUACCUCGCAAUUUAACAAGUGAAUUUAACGAUUUGACUAGUCCUGGUGUGCGGAUUGUAAAAUUAAUUUCAUUUACCUCCUUCAAAGUGUUAAAAUAUUUUAUGCUAUUACUGAGAUAGAUUUACAUAUAUGCACCCAAAUAAGUUAAGGUUGUAACGGCUAUUCACGUUGGACACCUGCAUGAUUAAUAAUUUAGGUCAAUAAUUCUAGAUCAAAUAAACUUGAAUUCUGUUUCUAAAGACAAAUGUAUGAAAGAAGUAUUGUAUCAGUUGACCAUAAAACUUUUAAAUUAUAUUAAAAUUUAUUUCAAAGUCAAAAGUUUAUUAUGUUUAAUAGGUACUGUAAUAUUUCAUUGUGAACACGACAGCAAAAGACCUGAUAUUGAGUUACCGUGACACAUCUUUAGGUGAUGUAAAUUUUAUGUGCCCUUUUCAGGUGGUCCAAGAAGCUCUGGACCGAGCGAGUGAAGGUCGUACCUGUCUCAUCAUAGCCCAUAGACUCGCCACCAUACAGAACGCAGACAUGAUAUGUGUCAUAGACAGAGGAGUGCUCGCUGAAAUCGGUACCCACAAGGAGCUCAUAGACAAGAAGGGUAUCUACGCUAAACUGUACGAGUUACAGUGCGGCAUAGUGGAGGAAGAAGAGGAACCACCACCAGCUGGACAACAGUAGAAUCGGAUCUAGUGCCAUCUCUUUUCAUUGAUAGUUAGUAACAUCACAGUGAAACGUUAUAAGGACCUUGCAAGCUUGCUACGAGAAUAUGAACAUGUAGUGAUGAUACAGAUAUAAGUAUAAAAUCAUAGUAUGACGGAUUUCAGCUAACGAGCAGAUGAUCUGUGUGAAGUUUUAAGUGUGACUCUAUAGUCAUAUAAUUAUAAUAAUAUUACAAAUCCAACAGAACAAUGUGGUAAAUGCAUUUUUUACUUUUCCCGGAUAUGCAUUCAAAAUAAAUAAUACAAUAAUGGCACUCGUAAUUUUAAAUUGAUCGCCAUUUUCUAUUGGAGGAAGGUCGUUGUAAGCUCGCCAAUUCAAGAUAACACGACUUUCCUACUCGGUUAAUUCGGAUUGGGAUUUAACGUUAUCUGUCAGUCGAUCAUUUGAGAUAAGACAGAUAUGAAGCAUAGAGUCGCAUUGUUUUUUGUUUGUAUAAGGCUGCUGCUCAAAUAUUUUUAUUGCUUUUAUAUUAUUUACCUUUCUUAUAGGUUGUACCAAAAUCAUGAUUCACUAAUGGAUUGAACUCUACAGCUACAUACAUGAAUCCAGCAUAGAUGUUGUUACAAUUCAUUCCAAUUAGCUUUCCUAAACAUUCCUCUAACCGUGGACUAAAAUAUCUAACAAACCUAAAUCACAAAAGGCCAAUCCUACAUUCCCAUUAAAGACAAUUCUACAUGUACCGACUGUUAGUUUUCCUAUUGUUAUUUAGUUUUAGUUGAUGCAUUCAUCACUAUGGGCAUGCCCCAAGGUUCAAUAUUGGGACCGUUACUAUUCCUAAUUAAUGAUCUUCCUCACUUUGCAAAGAAUUUGUGUGUGCGAGACAGCUCAUCGGGAGUAUACCUUAUAAUAUUUAUUAAUUCAUCUUCAUUACUUUAUAAUUCUUAGGCAUUUCUAAAAUCAUGUAUAAUUUUUAAAUAGGUACAUUUUUAGUGAUGUGAAAAUGUCCGAUAAAUUAGUGUUAGACCGCAGUUACAGUAAAACUCAACC